AUGCGCGAGCUGUGCAAAGCUAAACCACCAAAGUCCCUUGAGCACUGUGUGGGCGCAGGCGAGCCUCUCAACAGUGAAGUAAUCAACCAGUGGCAAGAUAUGACUGGCUGCGAAAUCAAAGACGGAUACGGACAGACUGAAUCGACUCUGCUGUGUGGCAAUCUUGUGGGCCACGUGGUCCGCCCUGGAUCCAUGGGCAAACCGAUCCCAGGGCUGCCUUUCGAGAUCAUCGAUCAGGAUGGCGAGUCAUGUCCGACCGGAGAAGAAGGAGAUAUUGCGAUAGCAACAACGACAAAAGCCGGAGAUAUGGUGGCCUGCAUCUUCGAUGGCUACAUAUCCGCAACUGGAGAUGUGAAGCGAGCCGUGCGGCACGAAGCACGCCCGGGUCGCAGCGUUCACCCAAGGCAAUGGUUCCUGACUGGAGAUCGAGCAUACCGCGACGAGGAUGGUUAUAUAUGGUUCGUUGGCAGGGCGGACGAUGUCAUCAAUGCCUCGGGGUACCGUAUAGGCCCAUUCGAAAUCGAGUCGGUACUGAAGAGACAUCCAGCAGUGCAGGAAUCAGCAGUUGUAGCUUCGCCAGAUGCAGCCCGCGGCGAUGUCGUUAAAGCAUUCAUCGUGCGGAACAAGGAGUUUCUUUCGGCAGAUGUGUCUCAGUUAGCGGCUGAGCUGCAAAGGUUCUGCAGGGAGAUGGCAGCACCAUACAAGUACCCGCGCAAGAUUGAGUUCGUGUGCGAAAACUUCCUGCCAAAGACAAUAAGCGGCAAGAUCAGAAGAGUGGAACUCCGGCAGCUCGAAGUCCAAAGAGCCAGACAGAUGUCGAAAUUGUGA